AUGCGCAAUGCCUCUUAUAGUCUGACACAAACGGUUCCCUGGUAUGAGUCUCGGGCACUAGAUUUGUGCAGCGUUCCAUUUCGUGUCCUGCUCACCCUACCCCUGUUUUGUUCCAUCUCUUCCCCCCUCCCACCCCACCCCCCUCCAUCAUACGGGCGUAUCAACCACCAGGAACAACUUGUUUCGAUGCACGUGCCCGGUGACGCGGACGGCACGUGGUUCGGGCUUCAUGAAACGGAGUUCGCCUACGCUUGGGCCGAUCGAACCCCGAUGCUGUGCCCUCGUACCUGUGGACUGCAGUGGACUGUUCCAGCCGUUAUUCAGCGGUCAUUUGUCAACUUUCUUCGGUGCCUCAAUCGCACCCGGUUUCUGCUGGGGAUACCGAUCCUGCCGGAUGGAAAACGAUAUCUUGUCCUUCGGGCUAUCGGCAGUUUGCAAAUCGGUGCUUUGCCGUACAUUGCACCGCAACUUUUGUCAUGGAAUGAGGCGAAUCAGUUCUGUGCCGAUUCGGUGCGCUCCGCCGGAUUCACGGGCUCUUUAGCCUCGAUCGAUAGUGGCCUCGUACAAGAAUUUGUGUCUAGUCUGCUUGAUGGUCUGCCGUUGAAGAGCACAUCUGCGUGGAUUGGUCUGAAACGAAUUGUUUCCGGACUGGCACCGAAAAUGAUUUGGGCAGACGGUUCCCCCAUGCGUUACUUACGUUCCGUUUACCGUUCGCGUAAAUUUGGUAUUUACAAUGACCGUCUGGAUGCAAAUGAAGAAGUAUUGAUCGAGCUCUGUUCUGCCAUCUAUCGCUCUACAUACCCUCGGAUCAACGGUUUAUGGCUUCAAAUGUCUUGCGAUCUGCCCAUCCUGUUGCCCGCUGUCUGUCAAGCAAUUCCAACUGCAUGGACAGAACAAACUGUCAAUCCUCCGAUUUCGUCCGUUUGUCCACCUGGUUUCCAUCCUGGUACGUCUGGGGAUGUCGCAUCUUCGACGCUAUCUAAACCUAUGUGCUACCGAAUUCUGGAUCCGUCUCGGAAAAUGACCUGGCAAAACUGGACGUGGAACUCGUCGGAACCGGUUCGAUACACCGAUUGGUUUAUCCCACCCACCCCAUCGCCUAGCGGCUGCUAUGUGUUCCAUUCCAAUCCGCACCACCACGACGAUCCGAUGUCAAUCAGUGGUUUGGGUAGCUUGCGACCUGAAUCCACAUGCGAAGCGUUGCAUUAUGCUAUCUGUCAAACCGUGGCUAGUCGCUCGCAACCCGCCAGUGCAGCAUCUUCAGCGCUGACCACAAUGCCCGCGACUCGGUUCGUUGAUGCCGACCGAAUACCGUCUAGGCCGUCGUGUUUCCGCUUGGAUGAGACCAGGCCUAACUCAUUGGAAUACCGUACCGAUGUGGUCCGGAGUGUAUCUGCCAAACCGUGUAUUCGGUAA